AUGUUCUAUGGGACGGCGGUUUGGGAUCCAUGGCUCAUUGUUUCCCAAAUCGUUUGUCUCCAGUGUCUUUACUAUCUUACUCUGGGAUUCUUUAUGGUCGUACUUGUGGGAUCCCGUGUAAAGCGGAUGAGCUUAGUUUACUUCUUUGACUUCUCCACACUUACUGCUUCAACAGUAACCGGUUGGUGUGCCAUCAUUUCGUUCCUCCUAAGCGCUAUUGCGGGGUAAGCAGUCAUCGUCAUUAAUUCAGUCCUAGUUCUUUAGUAAAUUUACUGGAUAGACGCGGGUAUCGUGAAUGGUUUGCCAAUGUAUUACUUGUACUGCUAUAAACUGCGAGAACUAAGAUUAGAAGUAGGGAUUGCGUUACUUCUCUGGCUUCUGGAUGCCAGGGUUGAUGUGCUUCUUUGAUGGUUGAUUGCGGGUUUUGAUAUUUGUUUCGUCUUGCAUUUUAAUUGCCCUUGAAGUUUAUAUGGAUCCUUGCUUGGAAUUUGUCGGGCAUUUUAUUUAUGAAAUAAUGUGACGUGCAGAUAUCUAGAAAAUAAGAAGUGGGAUCUUGAAGAAUAGAUUGUUUCCAUUUAUUUUGAAUUUCUACCUAUCUAUUUUUACUUAUGGCUGAUUGAAACCCCUUUUUUUUGGAAGCAAAAAAUGCAAGACAGAAGGGAACCGUUACUUCCCCCACCUUCUUUUUUUCGUUUUUCUUUUCUUAAGCGAUUCAUUUGAGGGGGGGGGGGGAUGGUUAUCGGUGGAACUAUUUGUAGCUUGAGGUGUGGUGUGCGAGAGGCCAGUUUCAGAUCGACCAAUUAACGUCUUGGAUCUUGUGAAAUCUUCUUUUCGUUUGUGGAGAAGAUUAUGUGAUAUACUGUGCCUCCAAAACUAUUAAUGUUGGUUGUUUCUGAGCAUCUAAGGGUCAACAAUGUUAAAAGAUCUUAUGGUGGGUUGAAGUUCUCACCUCUGAUACCAAAUGUAGAAAGCUUAGAGCCAGCACCGGUUGCUAAAUCUCUUACUUAUCUCUAUUUCCCUGGGAAUGUCUCUUUUUUGAGAUUCUUAGUGCAUCUUGUAGAUUUUUUUUUCAGUAAUAUGAAAAUUGAUAGUUAGGAGCCUACAUCUUUACUAGCAUGGGAUUUCCAAUCCCUAUCUGUUGCUUAUUGCACAAUUUUUUUUAAUCAUCUCUUGUCCAGCUUUAAGACAAGCUAUAGUAGGAAAAAGCUUUGAGACCAUCAGAAAUUUUGUCGUGGUAUGGUAAAGUACAAAGAGAAAGCCCCAAAGGAGUGUAGAUUUUGUCUUCUAGCUGAUGUCUGUUGAUGUGGACUACUGGAAAGAGUUUACUAAAAAUCCAGUGGGGAUGAGAUAUCAAGUCGAGUGUACGUUUCAUGAGUGAAGCAUCUUAAAGAUGCUCUGAUGGUAUUUUCAAUGAUUCUGGAUUACGGUAUCUCAAAAUCAUUGACUGAUUGAUGUCCUGUCAUUUAUCAGUUCUAUCAGAGGGAUUAGCAAAUUGGGGAUCAUGGGUAAUUUACCAGAAAAAUGUCGUUCACGCACCAAGGAUACAUGAAAAAGCGAGCCUUUUGGAAGGUUUAAGCGGAUUAAUUGUAUUAUUAUUAGGGAUACGCUGCCAAGGAAAAAAUUCAGUCGACUUGAAAUUGAUGGAUGUUAAAAAGCCUUAGGUGAUACUGAACCAUCUCGAGCACACUUCAUGUGUUAGAAUGUUGGAGGUGUGUUCAACAUGGAAGCUUACCCUAGAAUUUCGGGAAGUUGCUUCAGGCAAAUGAGGACUUUGUCACUAGCUUUCCAAUGGCUACAUCCCCCCAAACAAACUCAUUUCUCAUACCACCGUUAUUGCCUCAAGAUCUUUUUCUGUGUUGUAAUGAACGUGUAGUUAAUCCCUGUACUACAUGAUGAGGGAGUUGACUGCUCAAUUCCUAUUGAAGAAAAAUAGUUAAGAAAGAAACUGCUAUGUCCCUCCCUGUCACUCUCUCACCUCCAUCUUUUAAACCCUCUCUCCUGUUCUGCCUUUUCCCUCUCCCUUCCCCAUCUGUUUUUGUUUGUGGGUAGAUGUAUUUGUGGAGUGAGGACUUGUGCACACCUUUUCAUAUCAGGUUGUUUCUUACAGCCUCUGUAAGUCUGCCCCCCCCCAAACACACAUGUACGCACGCACGCACAUGUAGAUGCACAGUGCACAGACAAACCCUUGCACUCACAGUGAUGGAGGGGGACGGGUAGAUCUAUUAUCUUUCGUUUAUGGAGCAAACAUAAGAUACUUAAAUAUUUGGAACCUCAUGAAGUUGAUUCGUCAUAUGGUGGUAUUUUUUUGGAGUAAAAUGAAAGGAAAAAAAGGCAACUGGUGCCUGCAUUGCAAUUGCCCUCUUUUCGUUUCUGAGGGGGAUAAGAAAAUAAGAAGUUUGUUGAUACUUGGGGAAAUUGAUCUGAAAGGAGUGUAAAAUAGCGCACAGUUUAGCAGUAAUAGAUCUUAUUGUCAAAGAUGCCCAUACUUAUUUGCUUCACUGAAAUUUUGGUGUCUCACCUUCUUUUCCCUUCUUCCCUCAAUAUGCAGCCCCACGUAUACAUCCAGUUUUUUCUGCUUGUAUUCAUUCACCCAUGGGAAUGGCUGACACGAUAAGGGGUUGUCCACUUCACCCAACUCUACACGCGCUGUGUUUGAAGAAAGGUAGUAAGAUUACUGAAGUGUUGGGCCCUGCUUGACCCAUUCUUGUCUCCAUUCCUGUUCAGUAGAUAACACCACUAAGUAAGAUUGGCUGGGAGAUUAGAUUUUCUAGUCCCAUUCCUGUUAGUAGAUAACAACACCACUAAUUUUAGGGUUGUUUUUGUAAAUUUUAAUAUCAGGAGAGAUAAGAAAUGGGUUUCAUCAAGUCUGUGUUGCCAGUUCCUUCUAAGUUAGGUUUGUUGUAAUCCUUCUAUUUGUCUGUCUUGGACAUGUAAUUUGGCGUUUUAUGCCGUUUUCCAGUCCAUCUUGACUCGUAGAUAUCUUUUUGAAAUGAGGUGGAGUGGCAGAAGAGUUAGCUGUACUGGUUUCUCAUUGUUUGUGUCUAGGAAUGCCAUGCCAUGAUUGAUUUGACUCUCUUGGCUUAUUCCGUUGGUAGUUCAGUUCCUCUGGAGUGAAUUCAUCAUAGAAUUCAUGUUCCUUCUCCCACUUGUUUGGGAUCUAAUGGAUGCUGUUGUUGUUGCUGUUCCCCCUUCUGAUAAUGCAAGGAUUGAGAUCACCUGUGGUGGAGGUCAUUGUGCUCAAAUCCUCAAUUCACAUCCGAUUCUCAACCUGAAAAUUCCUUUAUACCUCCUUUAUACCCGAAAAAAAAUGUGGUGAAGAGCAACUGCGUUCCUUGUCGAAUUUAAAGUGUUAUGGCAUUCGAAAGAAGCAUCCCAAUGCAUUCAUUAGCUGGCAAUGUUUCAAUUCGGUGGAGAAUGUAAGUUCAUCAUUGCUACUUGGACAUGACUGCCAUUAAUCUAGUGUUGUUGUUGUUGAUGAGAAAACGUAAAUUCACCAUGGCUACAGAUCCGACAAUAAAUCUAUUAGGGUGUAAAUAACCAUUCCUGCACUGUUCUCGUCAGGAGCAAGUGCUAAACAAGUUGGAGACAGAAGGAGAAGAUUGAAAUCAUCUGCCAAACGUGGAAAAGAUAGAAACGGGAAUCCAUCUACCCAAAUCAUUUUUCUUGAGUUGCUUGUGGGAUCAGCACACUGCUUUUCUUGCUCCAAGUUCUUCUACCCAUUUGAUGCUUCCCCUCUUCUUUAAACUUACCGAAUUAGGAAUCUAACACUGCCGAUCUUCGAUUUUAUUGCUUAUUGGUGACUGAACUUUGUCAUGUUUUGUGAUUUAUUAUGUUGCAGACUGGUCGAUUCCUGUUUCUCGCACAGUUCCAUUGUUUCCAUGUUUAGCCAUAUCAUGAUGCUACCCAUCUUAUUGCUGUUCUUUGACUUCUUUUCCGAUUAUUACCAUAUAUCAUGCUGAUGUGCAUUGUUCUUCCUCUGUUCUUGGGCAGCGCCGGUUUUUUACUUCAUCUGAUCGAAAGGGCCAAGAAGUGCUUAGAUUUCUCUGCGACUUUAUUCAUCAUCCACCUCUUGAUCUGCAUCGUCUAUGGGGGCUGGCCAUCCUCUGUCACAUGGUGGGUCGUGAACGGUGCCUGCUUGGUGGUGAUGGCAUUGGUCGGCGAAUGGCUGUGCAUCAGGCGCGAGCUCCAGGAGAUUCCCAUCACCCGUCUCCGUUCAAGUGAGUUCUUCAUCUGCUCGCAUGAUCUGAAGCGCCGUGCUGGCGUUGACCCUACCUCCCCAUCUACUGCAUUUUUUGGGCUUCAGUUUCGUGUACCCAAAAUUAAUUAUGCAUUACCCAUGAAUCAAUCUUCAUUUUUUUGGGCGUUGACCGGGGAUCUGUCGUUACCCACAUCCUCAUGCUUUUUUCUUCAAGUACGUUGACUAUGUGGCUAUAUAUAUAUUAUCUUUUCUCAUUAGGAUUUUAGUGCAGGGUUCAGAUAAAGGUGAAGGGUGCCAAUUCGGCCCGAUUUUCUGAUUUAUUUGUACUUUUUAUGAGAAAAGUCAAUCGACGGCGUCGUUGUAAGGCCCCAUCCCUGUCUCUUUGCAGAUGUUUGA